UGAUCCUGGCCAGUUGAUAUUCGAUCGACAUCGUUGUGGUGUCUUGGAUUGGCUGGCUCGGAGUUGACCAUGUUUCUGCACUGCCCCACCUUUCCACCCCACCAUGUUUUCUGCAGCGACUCCAAAAAUUGUUGCUUCCAACUCCCACUCCGGAAUCUCUCGAUUGUCAUGAGAUUGAGCGCCGCCCGCCUACUGCAAACAUGGCCUCUGACGAGAUCCCUGCUGUCGCUCCAGGCCCCGAUGCCUCUUCCAGCGCCACUCCCGUCGCCCCGGAUUCCAACGACUCUCAGAACAAUGCCGACCGCAGCCAGAAUCGCAACGGCAAGCGUGGUGGCCGCGGCCGCGAGAGAGGGAAUGACAAACCCGGCGCUCAAGGAAAGCGUAAGCACGGCGGCUUCGGAAGCGCAAAAGGGUCCGUCCCCGACAAGCGCGAACAGGUCCGGAAUAACCGCGAUGCCAAACGCCGCAAGGUGAUCGACGAGGAAGUUGGCGGCAAGAGCUUCAUGAGCAUCGAGUUCACCCCCGACGAGAUCAAGGCCGAAGACCGCCGACCGAAGCGCAAGGUUGCCGUCCUGAUUGGCUACGCCGGCACCGGCUACCACGGCAUUCAGAUCAACCACAAGGAGAAGACAAUCGAGGGCGACAUCUUUGCGGCUUUCGUCGCUGCCGGUGCCAUCUCCAAGGCCAACGCCGAUGAUCCCAAGAAGUCGAGCUUGGUCCGCUGCGCGCGUACAGACAAGGGCGUCCACGCCGCUGGCAACGUGUUGUCUCUCAAGCUCAUUGUCGAGGACGAAGACAUUGUCGAAAAGAUCAAUUCCCACCUCCCCGAACAGAUUAGGAUAUGGGGCAUCCAGCGCACAGUCAACGCUUUCAGUUGCUACCAGUCUUGCGAUUCGAGGUGGUAUGAGUAUCUCAUGCCCAGUUAUUCUCUAUUGCCUCCCCAGCCACAGAGCUUUCUUGGGAAAAAGAUCCUCGAGUCGGCCAAAGAGAAGGGCGUGUUGGAAGAGCACCUCGAACGCUUGGAUGAUGUGACGGGAUUCUGGGACGAGGUGGAGAAGAACGAUAUCGAGCCUAUCCUUGCUAGACUAAGCCCCGAGGUUAGGGCUGAGGUUGUGCGUAAGCUUCAAGACAGCAACGACAAAGAACUCGCCGAGGAUGGACAGCCGGCCAAAAACGACCAAGAAGAGGCGAGCAAAGAUGCGACCGCUGACAAAGAUGUUGAAAUGCCCGAUGCUGCCGAGCCCCAGCCCGAGAAACCGGCCGAAGAGGCCAAGCCAGUCGAGGAGACACCGCAAGAACCAAAGUCUGAGAAGGAGUUGAGUCCCGUUGAUGCGGCCGUCCGAGAUAUCAAGGCUGCCUACGUCGCGGCGAAGAGAAGAUACAGGAUCUCGCCAGCCCGUAUCGAGAGGCUGCAACAAGCCCUGAACCUCUACCUGGGCACGCACAACUAUCACAACUAUACCGUGAUGAAGUCCUUCAAGGAUGCAUCUGCCAAGCGUCACAUCAAGUCGUUCGAGGCCAACACCACCCCUAUCCAGAUUGGCGAUACCGAGUGGCUGUCUCUCAAGGUCCACGGCCAGAGCUUCAUGAUGCACCAGAUUCGCAAGAUGGUCGCCAUGGCGGUCAUGGUCGUUCGCUGCGGCGCCUCGCUUGAUCUCAUCAAGGAGAGCUACGGGCCUCGAAGGAUUAGCAUCCCCAAGGCGCCCGGUCUUGGUCUCAUGCUGGAACGUCCCAUGUUUACAGAGUACAACAAGAGGGCCGCCGGGUUCGACAAGGAGCCCAUUGACUUCUCCAAGUACGAGGAUCAGAUCAUCAAGUUCAAGGACGAGCACAUCUACCGGAGGAUGUUUGAGGUGGAGGAGAAAGAGAACUCGUUCCACUUGUUCUUCAACCAGGUCGAUAACUUCCGCACCGACUAUUUCCUGUGGGUGACGGCCGGGGGUGUGGACGCUUCCCAUGAGCGGUCUGAUCGGACCGAGAGGGUGCCCAAGGCGUUGGAGGCUGAGCUUGGCGAUGAGGCUGAUGGGGUGGUGGAGGAUGGAACGUAA